AUGACGCUCUCCGGGCGCAAUGCAAUCGUCACAGGUGCCUCUCGUGGCAUCGGCGCUCAGAUUGCUCGAGAUCUAGCCAAGGAGGGGGCCAAUGUCCUGCUCACUUUCACGUCCCAAUCAUCAAAAUCUAAAGUCGAAGAGCUCAUCGCUGAACUUAAAAAGACUACUCCGGAUGCUGAACUAGGCUCGGUCAAGGCUGAUAUGGCCUCGCUGGAUGUAGCGAAAACAGUCUUGACGGCUGCCAAAGAGCUCUUCGGCUCGAAAAUUCAUAUUCUCGUGAACAAUGCCGGUGUCUCCAUCAAUGCCACGUUAGCGGACACGACACUUGACUUGUACGACAACACCUUCAAUGUCAACGUCCGAGGUGUUCUGCUCUUGACGCAGGCAGUCGUGCCGCUGAUGCCUGACCAUGCCGGCGGACGUAUUGUCACUGUUUCCUCGGUGUCUGCUCGCAUGGGCUUUCCCACUCAGACCGUAUACGGCGCUUCCAAGGCCGCUGUCGAAGGCUUCAGUCGGGUCUGGGCAUCUGAGCUCAAGGAUCGCGGCAUCACGUCCAAUUGCAUCAAUCCGGGCCCAGUUGAAACUGACAUGUAUCGGAGUACGACAGACGAGUUCCAGGCAAACGUCGAAAAAUCCACAAAGGUUGCCACCACCGCGCAAAUAUCUGGCAUAAUUCUCAUGCUCUGCAGCGACCAAGCCCAGUGGAUCACAGGAGAUGUGAUAUCUGCCAAUAACGGCCUUCUGAUGAUAUAA